AUUCCACGAGGGUAACCUUCAGCACGACGAUACCUCCUCCUGGCAUUUCCAGCACAGAGGCCACAACCGCUACAGGGACCACGCGUGCAGUGCUGUCCAGAGAGGCCACAACUGUGGCACAAGGCAGCAGCACUCUUGGGAACGCAUCCAGAGCAGGCACCACCACGACUCUGAGAAGCCACACAACUGGGAUUCUGACAGAGACUACAACUUCAUCAGGAGUACCCAAGGAGUGGUCUCUGGAACGACUGUUGAACCUGGAAGUUCCAUUACAGUUGUUACAGCCUCUGGAGGUGGUGCGACCACAGAAAGUGGAAUGAGUACCGGGGCUACAACUUCCACAGAAGUUGGGACUACAACUUCCACAGAAGUUGGGACUUCCACAAAAGGUGGAAGGGUCACUGGUUCCACUGGGACUGUGUCCUCACCCAGAAGUCUCCACACAGAGACCACAGUGUUUCAGGAAGAUAUUGGGACAACCAAGAUAGAAGUUUCAUCAGGUACUCCCAGGGUAGCAGCUAGCACAAGCACUGUCCCUGCAAGUUCAAACACAGAUACUUCCAAGGAAACAUCUGGAACAACUGCCACUCCUGGAACUACUACCACAGGAUGCCCAGCAGCACCUCCACCUGCUCCAGUUUGUCAUGGUCCGCUGGGAGAAGAAAAGUCUCCUGGGGACAGCUGGGCCUCCCAGUGCCAUCAGUGUACCUGCACCCACACGAGGGCCGUGCAGUGCCAGCCUAAGGAAUGCCCCGCCCCGCCCACGUGCACAGCGGCAGAGAAGCUGGUCCUGUUUAACGACACGUGCUGUGAAAUCGGACGCUGUGAACCAAGAACAUGUUUAUACAAUAAUACUGAUUAUGAGAUUGGUACUUCCUUCAAUGACCCCAGCAACCCGUGUGUCUCCUACUCCUGCAGUGACGCUGGCUUGGUUGCCGUCGUCCAAAGCUGCCCAAAGCAGACUUGGUGUGCAAAGAAAGAUAGAACCUAUGAUUCAAACAAAUGUUGCUAUAAAUGUAACACCAGCUGCAGAUCUUCCCCCGUGAAUGUCACUGUGAACUACAACAAUUGCAAGAAAAAGGUUGAGAUGGCAAGAUGUGUAGGGGAGUGCAAAAAGACUGUCCGGUACAAUUAUGAUCUGUUUCAGUUGGAAAAUUCAUGUCUUUGCUGCCGAGAAGGAAACUAUGAGUAUAGAGAAAUUAGCCUGGAUUGUCCGGAUGGUACCACGCUGUCCUACAAAUACAGGCACACCACCAGCUGCUCCUGCGCCGACCUGUGCCACACUUCCCAAACUGCAGCAAUGCGUUAA